AUGGAAGGCAACAAGGCAGUGGUUCCGGUUACUCUCAAGGGGGGUAACUAUCUUUUGUGGUCUCUUUUGGUGAAGACUGCAGUGGGGAGUAAGGUUUUAUGGGGACACAUCACGGAGAGUGGAGCCCCAAAGCUCAUUACUUAUGAAGGCGACAAGGAGGUUGUCCAGUGUGAUGAAGAGAAGUGGGAGCAGGAUGAUCAGCUGGUGAUGUCCAUACUCCAACAGUCUCUUGAAGUGUCUAUCCUGGAGGCUUACAGCUACUGUGAGACAGCAAAGGAUCUUUGGGACACGCUAAAGAAGGUUUAUGGUAACAUCUCAAACUUGAGCCGUGUGUUUGAAGUGAAACGUGCUAUCAACAGCUUGACACAGGAGGACAUGGAGUUUACUAAGCACCUUGGGAGGUUCAGAGCCUUGUGGUCUGAGCUGGAGAUGCUGAGGCCAGGCACAACCAACCUAGAGGAGCUGGCUGAGAGACGCGAGCAAGAUAAGGUGUUUGGGUUGCUGCUCACGCUGAAUCCGAGCUAUAACAGCCUCAUCAAACACAUCCUGAGGUCUGGAAUGCUACCUGACCUUGAAGAAGUGUGUGCACAAGUUCAGAAGGAGGAAAGUUCUAUUGGUCUCUUUGGAGGGAAAGGAGAGAUCACACUUGCAAACCAAGCUGAGGUUCCGCAAGCAAACCGUGCAAGAUCUAGCCAGUAUGAUGGAAAGAAGUUUACGGGAAAUUGUGAUCACUGCAAGAGACAAGGACACAAGAAGAACAAUUGUUGGAUCUUGCAUCCUCACCUGAAGCCGGCUAAGUUCUCAAGAGAGAAAGAUGGGAGAGCCAAUGUCUCGUAUGCUGGAAGUGAGCCGGGAAGUUCAAGUGUGGCUGGGAGCUCAGGCCAAGCUGGAGAGAGCAGUGUACGUGAGCUUGGAGACAGCAAGGCUCUGAUGACUUACACAGCUCAACCAAGCCAUCAGAACAUUCAUGAGCAUGAGUAUCUGAGGAGAUCAGACCUUGGUUCCCUCACCAAAAUGCUAAAGGAGAAUGGUAACACACUUGGUACUCUUGGUUACUCUUUUGGUGCAUCAUAUGAACCGUGUAGCAUUGCUAGAGAACCUGAUCAGUCAAGCAUUGCUUAUAAACCUACUAGCACACUAGGACAGUCUCAUAUUGCACACAACCUGUUUAAACCAUUGAUAGUUGAUUCAGGAGCAUCUCAUCAUAUGAUUAGUGAUAGUAGUUUGAUUAGAGACAUUGAACCUACCAAUGGACAUGUAAUGAUUGCAAAUGGGGAUAAAAUUCCAAUUAGAGGAAUUGGCAAGCUGAAAUUGUUUGAUAAAGAAUCUAAAGCCUUCUAUAUGCCUGACUUCACAUCAAAUCUUUUAUCUGAUAUUGAGAGCAGCCAAUUGAUUGGAAAAGGAGUUACCAAGGGAGAUUUAUAUUUACUUGAAGAACUAGCUCCUGUUUCUGAUUACUUAUGCUCAUUUACUUCUGAGUCUAUGAUGAAUAAAAAUGCAUUGUGGCAUGCUAGACUAGGUCAUCCCCAUGUUAGGGCUUUAAACUUAAUGUUACCAGAUAAUGGUGGAGAGUACACUGGUCAAGCCUUCAAGCAACAUCUAGCUCAAGAUGGGAUACUAUACCAAACGAGUUGUCCUUAUACUCCUCAGCAAAAUGGAGUGGCUGCGAGAAAGAAUAGGCAUCUCAUGGAGGUAGCAAGGUCAAUGAUGUUUCAAGCAAAUGUUCCUAAAAGGUUUUGGAGUGAUGCUGUGGCUACUUCUUGUUAUCUGAUCAACCGGAUUCCAACUAAGAUUCUACAUGAUCAGUCACCGUUUGAAGUCGUGAACAAGUACAAGCCAUCUUUGGAGCAUAUGCGGAUCUUUGGAUGUCUAUGCUUUGUACUUAGGCCAAAGGAGUUGAGAAACAAGCUAGAAGCAACGAGCACAAGAGCUAUGUUUGUUGGCUACUCUACUACUCAAAAGGGUUACAAGUGCUAUGAUCCUACAACAAGAAGAGUUCUAGUCUCUAGAGAUGUCAAGUUCAUUGAAGCAAAGGGGAUCUAUGAAGAAAAGAAUCAAGAGGAGCUGCUGGAGUUGACAAGAGAGUCAGAUAGAGCGGCCAGCCUUAGAAGUAUUCUAGAGGGGCUUGGAAUACAUACUGCCCAGGAUCCGAAAGAGAGACGCUAUACAACAAACACACAACCUACCGAGGCAUCAAACUUAGAUCAUGGGGGGGGGAAUCAAUACCUGAACCGGCUGAAGUACAUGUUGAAACUCAAAGUCAAGAAGGCUCAAGGGAUCAUGAUCAAAGUGUGA